AUGGGAUUUCUCUUUCUAUUAGCGGCUGUCGCCGUUGUAGUACAGGCUCAAGAGGUGUACAUCACGACUACUGGCUACACGGCGCGGCCACAAUGCACUGAACCCCCAGCUACGCCAACUUUUCGCUUCCAGUCGUUUUCAUAUGCAUCGCUCAACGAUACAAUUCGCUAUGCAAUCUCAGUCCCCUCUCCAACAACCACCCACACCUACGGACCAGCAUACACAGAUGCAGUAGCAAAACUGUCGACGAAGCUAACGACCACGACGUGGGGUAGUUGGGUACCAAGUCAGACCGUCAUCUCUGCAACCGAUACAGCGGACAAAUACGGCCAAGCCGCGUGGUCAUCGCAAUGGCUACAUGCAAGCUUGGCGAAUUAUACCAAUAUUGGUUUGUAUACGACCACCGUCAAUCCUACCCCAUUACCUUCCAGUGAACUUGUUCUUCCACCACGAGACUAUUUCGGUCCAACGGAUUGCUACAACUUUCCGGAAGGAUUCACGUUCGGUGUUGCCGGAUCUGCUGCUCAGAUCGAAGGUGCUAUUGGCCUCGAAGGUCGUGCGCCGAGUAUACUGGAGAAAUUGCUGCCAGAUACAGAACCGCAGGAUUACGUGACAAAUGAGAACUACUACCUGUAUAAGCAGGACAUUCAGCGUCUUGCAUCGAUUGGCGUCAAGUAUUACAGUUUCUCAAUCUCGUGGGGCCGCAUUCUACCGUUCACCGUGCCCGGAAGCCCAAUCAAUGAACAAGGCCUCAAGCAUUACAAUGACUUGAUCGAUUAUGUUUUGGAAGUUGGCAUGGUACCUAUUGUUACGAUGCUCCACUUCGAUACUCCACUGUAUUUCAUCAAUGCCUCUGCUGGUUACGUGGUGCCGGAUAUUGGAUACCAGAAUGGCGGGKAUUGGAAUAAAGAGKUUGUCGAUUCGUUUGUGAAUUACGGCAAGAUCUUGUUUACGCAUUUUGCCGAUCGUGUCCCGUUCUGGGUUACUAUUAAUGAGCCCCUGCUGUAUGCGUUUAAUUUCACAGGACUGGAUAAUGUUGUGCAUGCCCACGCAGAACUGUAUCACUUCUAUCAUGAUACUUUGAAUGGAACUGGAAAGGUGGGAUUGAAAUUGAACGACAAUUUUGGCGUGCCCAAGCACCCUGAGAACCAGACCGAGAUCGAUGCCGCCAACCGUUUCAAUGACAUGCAGCUCGGCGUCUUUGCGUAUCCGAUUUGUCUCGGCCAGCAAUAUCCUAAAUCUAUUCUCGACACUCUGCCAGGCGCCAAACCACUCAGUAAAAAGGAAUUGGAGUACAUCAGCCAUACAACCGACUUCAUCGGCAUCGACGCAUAUACAGCCACCGUCAUCUCCGUUCCCGCCGAAGGCAUCGAAUAUUGCUCCAAACAGAACAUGACCACCAACUCCUUGUAUCCGUACUGCGUCACCCAAGAAACCGUAAAUUCAUAUGGCUGGGAUAUUGGCUACCGCUCUCAAUCCUACGUCUACAUCACACCCACCUACCUCCGCGCAUUCCUGUCUUAUAUCUGGAACACCUACAAAACGCCCCUCGUCCUCAGCGAAUUCGGUUUUCCCGUCUACGCUGAAUCGACUCGCGAUUUAGUCGACCAACUGUAUGAUUCACCCCGAAGUCAAUAUUAUCUCUCGUUCAUGUCCGAGGUACUCAAAUCGAUAUGGGAGGAUGGGGUGGAUGUCAUUGGGGCGAUUGCGUGGAGCUUUAUGGAUAAUUGGGAAUUUGGGGAUUAUGCGCAGCAAUUUGGGAUGCAGGUUGUCAAUCGGACGACGCAGGAGAGGUGGUUUAAGAAGAGCUUUUUUGACAUUGUGGAUUUUGUGGUCUACUACAUAGUACAGACUGCACAAACACCGUUAUCAGCCGAUCCACUCUUCCCCACCGGCCGGCCAAUCCUCGUCGCGGCCGACAGCGGGACCACCAUGACUUCGCCAGACGACGGUACCACCGCCCUUGUGGCCACGGCUAUUGCUGCAGGUGCAAGGCCGUUAGACGCUGCAUCCUCCUCCCCUCCGACGCCGCUGCUACACGAGGAGGACCAGACCUUCCCGUUAGAGUCACCUGGCCACCCCUCCUCCUCUUCAGUCUUCUCCUCAUAUACCGCCGCAGCCUCGAUUUCCUCGACAAUGGCGAUACGAACACUGCCCGCUGUUCCCCCGCCCGUCGAGACUGCGAUGCCAGGCGCGUUGGGUCAAUUGCUGGUUUUCUUUCUGCAUACAAUCCCCAGCGUAUUGUUCUGGGUGAUUGGAUUUGCGACGAUCACGAUUCCGACCUGGUUAUUCACGCUCUUUUCAAUGAGUUUGACGUUCACCAUGAAUUUUACAACCAUACUGAUCAUUUUCUGCGCCUUCAUGUCCACCGUGAUAUGGUUCAUUCGCUACCGCUACCUCAACAUGUACAGCCGUCUCCCGCCCGAACCGCAGCGCAAAGAAGCGCAAAUAGAUUUGUUUCCUGACACGCAGGAAGGGGACUCGAAACCGGGGCUGGCGAAUUAUCUCGAUGAGUUUCUGAGUGCGAUCAAAGUGUUUGGGUACUUGGAGAGGCCGGUGUUUCACGAAUUGACACGGACGAUGCAGACCAGGAAAUUGAUGGCAGGGGAGACAUUGUUGUUGGAGGAAGAAAAGGGGUUUUGUUUGGUGGUUGAUGGACUUGUGCAGAUCUUUGUAAAGUCGAUCCGUGGGAAUGAGCCGAGACCACAUACGGGUACACCUUCGACGGAGGAUACGGAUGAUGAAGAGAUACGUCGGAUGGACGGGAAUCAGGGAUAUCAGUUGUUGACGGAGGUUAAGAAUGGCGCAUCCAUGUCGUCGCUGUUUUCGAUUUUGACGUUGUUUACGGAGGAUGUGCAUCUGCGUCAGGAAAGCGAUGAAACUACGAGGAAUGUUUCGGGAAAGUCUCUCCUCCCGCCUUCCAUGCCGGGCAGUCCUGGGAGUUUCGUUCCUGGUCCUCAGCUCGGAUCUCCACCUGCGGCGCAUGGAGCAGAAGGCCUUGGAGUUGCGGCUUUGCCGACAGUGCCUCCAUUGGAUUUGGAGGAAUCUGCAGAACAAGCCAAAACCGGGACAAAUACUGCUGAGCAGUCUCCUAGAGUCCCGCCCGCGUCACACCCUCACAGCCGCCGCCAAACCAAGACAAAAUCAGUUCAUCCUGAUAUCGUGGCGCGAGCUAUGGUUGAUACAACUAUUGCCAUUAUACCGGCAAGCGCCUUCCGUCGAUUGACGAGGAUGUACCCUCGCGCUACGGCGCAUAUAGUUCAGGUCAUUCUUACUCGUUUGCAAAGGGUCACAUUUUCCACUGCUCAUUCGUAUUUGGGUCUCGAUACGGAGGUGCUUAGCAUUGACCGACAACUCAACAAAUUCACUGCCUAUGACUUGCCGAAUGAUUUACGAGGGAGUGCUUUGGAACGACUAAAAGAUAAGUUUAGGCAAGAACGAGAACGUCUUGGACCGAAUGAUGACUCCAAAGGAAUUGCUCUACACAACCCUCAGGCGCAUCGUAGGCGUCGGUCGAGCAGCUCAUUAAGAAAAGAAGCUGCUUUACACACGAAGAUAUCCGCUUCGCGAAGACAUCUAUCCAUGUCGAAUGAGAAUUUUCUUUCAUCUAGCAUGACAGCGGCAAGCAGUGGCGUCAACCCCGGUGAUUUACUCUCGACUAUCCAGCUUAAUCGAUACGGAAACCGAUCUGAAAUUGGACAUCGACCACCUUCACAGGGUCAGGUCACGCCGUAUGCCGAAGUUACCAGUCCUCUGGCCCAAGUCGAACACUCGCCGUUUAGAGGCGGUGCGAUGAUGGCUACAUCUCCGUUUGCGCGAAGAGAGUCUAUUGAUGAGGAUGGUAUAUUCCGUGAAUCAGUUGUGGAAUGCAUGAUGAAGGGGAUCGGUUUGACGUCAAGCACGCGCGAUGCUCUUCAGAAGGCGUACGCGGGCGAACAGUCACCAAAGCUUGUCUCGUAUGACUCGCGGAGACAGAAAGCCGUUUUCAACAAUGCAUUUGGGUUCAUGGAUCCGUUCGAUGACGCUGACUCUGAAUCUAUGAUGUCCAUGUCUGUGACCAGUGCCGGCGGAACUUCACCUGUCCACAAUCUCCGCGAAGAACUGCUCAGUGAAAUUGAAAUUGUCUCUUUUCCGCAAGGGUCUGUUUUGGUAGAGCAAGGCGAACGGAAUCCAGGUUUAUACUACGUGAUUGACGGCUUUUUGGAUGUCGGUGUACCCAUCAACGACCGUGAAGAUGAUCUCGUCGGCGCAUCCAAGGAUCCAGAGGAGAGCUUUCCAACCCUGAAACGUACAACGACUAGCUCUUCACGCGUACCUCAUGCAGACCCAAAACGUCGAAAGUAUCCCCGACGGUCUUUGUACCUGAUCAAACCGGGUGGUAUGCAGGGUUACGUUGGAUCCGUCGCGUCGUAUCGAUCGUUCACAGAUGUAGUGGCCCAGACAGAUGUUUAUGUCGGGUUCCUGCCACGAGCGACUCUGGAACGGAUUGCGGAGCGGUAUCCCAUUGUUUUGUUGACACUGGCUAAGCGAUUGACAAGCGUUUUACCGCGGUUGAUCCUACAUAUCGAUUUUGCGUUGGAGUGGGUUCAAGUAACUGCCGGUCAGGUCAUUCACCAUCAAGGCGACGACAGUGAUGCUAUCUAUAUCGUGUUGAACGGUCGACUAAGGUCUGUCCUCGAGGGCAAGGGCGGAAAGAUGAGGGUGCUUGGAGAAUAUGGUCAAGGGGAAAGUGUUGGGGAGCUCGAGGUCAUGACAGAAUCUACUCGACCAGCGACAUUACAUGCCAUUCGUGAUACGGAGUUAGCCAAGUUUCCGCGAUCAUUAUUUAACAGUCUUGCUCAGGAACACCCGGGUAUUACGAUUCAGAUUUCGAAGCUGAUUGCCCAGCGGAUGAGGGAUCUGGUUUACAAUCCUCUGCUGAGUGAACCCUCCUAUAUUCCUCGUGACAUCAGUACAGCGAAUACGGCUACAUCGACAGUGAAUAUGCGUACUGUGGCUAUUUUGCCAGUGACUGUUGGUGUCCCGGUGGUGGAAUUUGGCAAUCGCUUGAUGAAUGCGUUCACUCAAAUCGGAGUCAUGAAUGGCGUGACUUCACUGAAUCAAGCAGCUAUUCUGAACCACCUCGGUCGACAUGCAUUCAGCAAAAUGGGUAAACUCAAACUCGCGCAGUAUCUGGCUGAUCUUGAAGAAAAGUACGGCAUGGUGCUGUAUAUUGCGGACACCAAUGUCAACUCGCCAUGGACACAGACCUGCAUCACCCAAGCGGAUUGUAUUCUCUUGGUUGGCCUGGCGGAAGGCUCGCCUGCUAUUGGCGAAUAUGAGAGGUUCUUGCUUGGAAUGAAGACGACUGCCCGCAAAGAGCUUGUCUUGCUACAUGCCGAACGGUAUUGUCCACCAGGACUGACGCGACGCUGGUUGAAGAAUCGAAUGUGGAUCAACGGUGGCCACCACCAUGUCCAGAUGUCAUAUCGUCUGACAACUGAACCUGCACACCCUCGCGCUAAACGAUUCGGGACAGCUCUGAAACAACGCGUGCAGGUCAUUCAAGCAGAAAUUCAAAAGUACACCUCUCGUCGCAUUCAUCAAACUCCAUUGUAUUCUCAGCAAACUCCCUUUAAAGGUGACUUUCAUCGACUAGCGCGCCGACUAUGCGGAAAAUCAGUCGGUCUGGUCCUUGGCGGCGGCGGUGCACGCGGCAUCGCACAUGUUGGGGUCAUCAAAGCCAUUGAGGAGGCUGGUAUCCCCAUCGAUAUCGUCGGCGGCACAUCAAUCGGCUCAUUCAUCGGCGCCCUCUACGCCCGCGACGCAGACGUCGUACCCAUGUACGGCCGCGCCAAAAAAUUCGCCGGUCGAAUGGGCAGCAUCUGGCGCUUUGCGCUCGACUUAACCUACCCAGCCGUCUCAUACACGACCGGGCACGAGUUCAAUCGCGGAAUCUUCAAGACAUUCGGCGACAGCCAGAUUGAAGAUUUCUGGCUCGAAUUUUACUGCAAUACUACCAACAUCAGUAAAUCUCGAAACGAGUUCCAUUCCUCGGGGUAUGUAUGGCGGUACGUGCGUGCCUCCAUGUCUCUGGCCGGUUUGCUUCCUCCGCUUUGCGACGAAGGUAGCUUGUUACUCGACGGCGGCUACGUCGACAAUUUGACAGUCGCACACAUGAAAUCACUCGGUGCAGACAUUAUUUUAGCUGUGGACGUAGGCAGUCUCGACGACAAUACACCCCAAGAAUACGGUGACACGCUUUCAGGCUUCUGGACAUUUGCAAACCGCUGGAACCCAUUCUCAUCAACGCCUAACCCCAUCACACUCAGCGAAAUCCAAGCCCGUCUCGCAUAUGUGUCAUCGGUCGACAGCCUGGAGCGUGCGAAAAUUAUGCCGGGAUGUUUGUACAUGCGACCGCCCAUCGAUCCGUACGGAACACUCGAGUUUGGUAAAUUUGAUGAGAUUUAUGAGGUGGGUUAUACCUACGGGAAGAAAUUUUUGGAUAAGCUGAGGGCGGAGGGCACAUUGCCGGUUAUGGAGGAGUCGACGGAAGAGAAGAAGUUGAGGAGGACUAUGGCGCCGAGGAGGGCCAGUAUUUGA